UCACAGCAUGGAAAGUUCCCGCCAAGCCUCAGAACAUUGGGAGAAAAAAAAAAUCACACUUGCUAGGGGCGUGGCUUGCUGGGGACUGGGUGAAGUCUUCAACAAAAUGGCGCCGCCAUAGUCAGGGCUACGACGUUUUACGUAGGAAUUGCCUACUGACAGACAGUUUUAAUUUGUAAAUAUUCCACCCAUCCAGAGCUAUGUGUAGAUCACGUGACUCGGCCAAGGUCCGCAACAUUUCGCUUUUCAGAAUGGUCUUCGCCUAGAGGGCUGGGCCGUGUUCUGAUUGGUUAGAACACGUCCUCACAUCCGGUCAAGUGAAAUUCGGUUGAACUUAGCAUCACGCAGCGGAAUUAUGUAAACGGCGCUCUACGUGCCAGUCAUUGAAAUACAUUAUUGUAACGUCCGGUACCGGGCCGCCAGCAGCUCUUGCAGUGUGUGGUGCCAGUGGGCGGGGCGGUUGGGUGGUAGUACCCUGGCAUGGCAGAUGAUGGGGUGGCCGCUUGAGUGCCAUCACCAUGCAGUGUCAGAUUACAGAGGCUGUCAGUGAGGACGGGACUGCAGAGUCGCUGCCAGUGCUGCACAGGGAACCAUGUCCUCCGCUAGCGGCACGCCCGUACCUCUGUCCCCCGGGGGGCGCCGGCUGGAGCUGAGCGAGGAGCUGCGGAAGAGAGCGUACACCCUGUGCCGGGAGUACCUUCGGGGGGCGUGGAGGAGCAUCGGACCCGAGCACAUGAGGGUCUCUGUGGUCAGUGGUGGCCUCAGUAAUCUACUGUAUAAGUGUAGUCUCGCAGACACCGUCCAAACGCAAUCUACAGAGCCACGUCAAGUGUUGCUGCGGCUUUAUGGAGCCAUCCUGCAGGGUGUGGACUCUCUUGUCCUGGAGAGUGUAAUGUUUGCAAUACUUGCUGAGCGGUCACUGGGUCCACGCUUGUAUGGUGUUUUUCCGCAAGGUCGUCUUGAAGAAUACAUUCCAAGUCGUAGGCUGGUGACCUCAGAACUUAGUGUUCCUGAGAUUUCUAGUGAAAUUGCCCAGAAGGUGGCCCGGUUCCACAUGAUGGAAAUGCCAUUUAAUAAAAAGCCAGUGUGGCUGUUCAAGACUAUGGAAAAGUACAUGUCUCAGAUUUCCUCUCUAUCCUUUACAAAAGCGGAUCAUGUGGAGCAGUUUAACAAACUGAAGAGUUACCACUUGGAGGAAGAAAUGAAAAGUCUUAUGCUUCUGCUGGAAUCCACACCGUCUCCUGUUGUGUUUUGCCACAAUGAUGUUCAGGAAGGUAAUAUCCUGCUUCUGUCAUCUCGGUCCUCCCACCCAACAGAUAAACUUAUGCUCAUUGACUUUGAGUAUAGCAGCUACAACUACAGAGGAUUUGACAUUGGAAAUCACUUCUGUGAGUGGGUAUAUAAUUACCAUCAUGAUGAGUGGCCAUUCUACAAAGACCAACUCAGCGACUACCCCACACAAGAGCAGCAGCUUCAUUUUUUCCGAUCUUAUCUGUUGGAAAGUUGUCCAGAGCUUAGCGAAGAGGAGCGGCGUGUUCAAAUGGCCACCAUGGUUACUGAGGUGAAUCGAUUUGCUUUGGCAUCACAUUUCUUUUGGGGUCUUUGGUCCAUUUUACAAGCAAAAAUCUCAACGAUUGAGUUUGGAUACCUGGAUUACGCACUCUCUCGCUUUGAUGCAUAUUUUCAACAGAAACGUCUGUGGUCUUGAAUUUCAAAUGAUUGUCCAUCUGAAUGGUCGACUCUUCAAUCUCACAUCCACACCUUAGGAUGUUCUUCCCGUCCACGCUGAUACCAACUCACGCCAGCUGGAAAUUUGUCUACUGCACUUUCCAUUGUCUACAUAAUUUUUCUCAAUCAUAGACAUGACUUUCUAUAAAGUAACCUGUUGUGUACUGUAUGUUUUCCUAUUAUCUCUGUAGUUCAGAAGUUUGCCUACAAGCUGUAGUUUACAAUGUCAUUUAUUCUGCACUGACUUUAGUUUGGUCAUCAUCAGGUAGAUUUCGGAAUUGUACUUCCAAACACGUAAACUAGAGUCCUGCAUAGUCACCAUUGUAAUGUGGAACCUUUGCCAGUACGUUAUAGGUUUCUUAUAAUGCACUUAUUUCAUUCCAUCCAGACGUAGCAGGUGUAUUGCUUUAAACAGAGGCUAAGACUGAUCAUGUAAUUUAAUGCAGGUAUAAUAAGAAAUAACCAAUGUUGAAAAUCCGAAAUCCACCCAGGGAGUGUAUAUACAAGGAGGGCCCUGGUUAAUCCCUCUCUUCUAAAUUCACAUGCUUUAAUUCUCUCUUCUAAAUCCACAUGCUUUAAUUCUCUCUUCUAAAUUCAAAUGCUUUAAUUCAGACAUAGUUUGGCAUGUCAUUUGGCAUAUUCGAGGCUGUAAAUGGCCCAGAGUAAAGCUUUUUCAGGCUUGAAAGGGGUACUCCGCUGCACACAUCUUAUCCCUUAUCCAAAGGAUAGGGGAUAAGAUGUUAGAUCGCGAGGGUCCUGCCGCUUGGGACCCCCAUGAUCUCUGGGCCGGCACUCCUGUCAUUUGGGGCACAGAGCGAACUCUGCUCCAUGCCUGAUGACUGGCGAUGCAGGCCACCACGCCCCCUCCAUUCAAGUCUAUGGUAGAAGGCGUGACGGCUCUGUACUAGCUUUCACACCCCCUCCCAUAGACAUGAAUGAAGGGGGCAUGGUGUGAUCUCCCGAACGCGGUAGCUGCAAGCUUCGGUGUUCCCGAUGCCGCAGAUGGUGGCCCUUGGAUAGGGGAUAAGAUGUGUGCAGCGGAGUACCCCUUUAACUUCUACUGUGUCCCUAAAAUAGCUGCAAGUACAACCAAAAACACCUCAUAAAAUGGGGAAAAAUUUGCCAAAACACAGAUUAAAAGCAGAAAAAAGAUGAAAAAUAUGACAAUUUUUAGAUGGUUUUUGAUUGAAAAUUAGCAUUUUUCUUCUUUUUUUAAGGCUCAAAAUUAACCUCAAAACUGCUAUGUAAACAUAGCCUGAAAGAAAACCUUAGACUGUAUUGACCCCUUUUAUGCAGGAAAAGGGUCUGCCAAAUGACAUGUACAGUUUGAAGACCCCACCAAACAACUAGUCCUGUGUUAUGUUCUGAAACUUAUGACAUAAGAUGCUGAAGUCUAUUGGGGACUGUGGGGUUAUUUUAUCAAAACAGCUUCUUUUUGCCUUGGACACACCUCUAUUCUCUGGAAUGGAGAACCACUUUUAAUAGCUUCUCCUCCAGACACAAUUAUGUACAGUAUUAUCACACGGACGGAUUACGCGCAAGUUUCCUACAGAGGAAAAUCCACAGAAGAUCCCAUUGAAGUCAAUGUAAUCUGCUGCAGAUUUUCCACUACCGGAAUCUCGCAGGCAAUCCACCCGUGUAAAUGUAGGGGAGACCAUGUAAUACAUAAAUGGGUCUGGUGGUCUGGAGGGGAAGCUGCAAUUAGUGUGGUUCUUCAUUCCAGAGCAUAGAAGGGAGUCCCAGGCAAAAAAUAUGCAGCAGGUAAUCCGCCUGUGUGAACAUACCCUAACACUAGACUUUUAGUAGCAUGUAUGGUCAGAAGUAAGGUGCUGAAUGCCAGACUGGCUGUCCUUUAUAAAGGGGUUGUUCUCAUGAGCCAAUCCCUUUUACGUGCAGUUAUUCCUGAUUUUUCAGGUUUUGAAUGAAGGCAGGCUGUUACUUUAGCCACUGACUUGCAAGGGUGCAUUGAAUGGCUAAUAUCCUUUAUCAGCUGCCGAACAUGGUUUAUACUUAGCAUGGGAAAUCUACAAAGCUUUAAACAAUUAAAAGAACACUUAUGCUUUGGUUGAAAUGCAUGUUUUCAGAUCUAACAUGACAAAACUUAUCAGAUAAAUGCUGCUAAAUAGGUCUGCGGAUUAUCUUCAAAGGGACUUUCUCUGUCACAUCAGUCAGUGUAAAGAGGCCCUUGAUGCUUCAUUUGCCUUCAUUCAUUAUACAAGGUAAUGGUUAUUAUGCUUAAAUACUCAAUCUUUUCUAGUUUCACUAGUCUAUGUACAAUGACUGAAUUUUAAUGAAGCCCGUAUAAUUUAUCCAUAGUUUUUUUUUAAUACAAAUGUUAUGUAAAUAGAAGUUGUUGUGUUUUUUUUUUUGUUUUCUCAAUAACUUGUUGCCUUUCUUGCUGCAUCUCUAAAUGCCACUACCCGUGUUCUUCCAGUAUCAUGACACUAUACUCUGGCAUCAUUAUCAGCUGUGUCAUGCAACGUGCAAGAGCGCCUCCACAGGCCACUGUCUGAUUAGGCAGGAUGUGAUUCUGUGAAGGUAGACUUUAAUUGUUCUUUGUAUUGUGUUUGCAGCAGCCAUUCUGAACAAGCAGAGCUGCAUUGUAAAAGCAUAAGAGAUGGAUAGAUGAGCCUGUUUCAGGCUACUCCAGCUACCCUAUGCAACACAAAUGUUGUCGGCACUGUAUACCACGAGCGCUGGGGGGGUGGCUGUUGUUUGGGGCGCAGUGGUGCUCCUGUACACCACAAG